ACGGUCACCCCGCCCACAAUGGCCUUGGUCCAGACUUUUGUCAUGAUUCUGUUUGGUUUGUGUGUCACUUUUGUGAUUAUCAAUUUUGUUAUUAUUUAUAUUGUUUAUCCUUGUCUACGUUUGUGGGAUCCCAUUCUUACUGAGGAAAGCCGGAACAUGACACAUGGGCAUGUGCUAUUGUGGUUAAAAGCUCUAUAAAUCCAAGUACCCAUUGACACCGGUAAUCUUUAAUUGCCCUGGCCAAUUUUACAUCAUCUGCCUGUGGAAAUCUAGUUACAGUUCUUUCGAAACGUACUUUGCGGCCUUUCUUCUUCCGCCAUGUCACAGAUUGUGUGCCCUUGCACACCAACUUAAAGGCAAUAAGAGAAGUUGCAUUGGCUGCGAAGCAAGCCGGCUGUGUCCAUGCCCACAAUGGCGUAAACUCCCCUUUUCUAACCGCUGCAUGCUAUGACAAUACUAACACUAUGUGCCGUCUGUCAAGAAGAUAAGCCCUUGGUGUUAAAAUAUGCCCGAAUUGUUUGGUGUUUACAGUGUACUUUUUUAUACUACACGGUGGAUCCUCACAUACUUAUGGUUCAGCACCCCUGGAUUCGUCUCGUUAUUUUUUCAAUAUUUCAUUUUAGUUUUUGGUGCAACCACUGAAAAUAUUGGACGUUUAUUAGAAUUUCUGAAGAGUUUUGUGGGUUUUCCAUGGCACUUUUAAUUAGCAUAAAUUAUGAGCAUACAUUUUCUAUUUGCUGGGCAACCCACUCCCUGUCCCACCGUGAAUAUCGAGGGUCCACUGUUGAUGCUGAUUAACUAAAAUUCAGGAGGAACUGAGAUGUCAAGCCCAAUCCUGAUGAAUCCAUCAAGAGACAUUUGCGCUAUAAAUAAGAUCCCCCAGUGACACCAGUGUAGCAAACACUUUGAACUCCCCAGUUUCUUUGUUUUACAACUUUAUGUCUGACUUUAAAUUAAUUAAAGUACUAUCAAUAAAACUAUACAGCAUUUAUGUUCAGUGCCUCUCAUAUCGUGAAAGGCUGGUGGAUAAUUAAAAGCCACCAAAAUGUGAAACAAUGCACUUAACUUAGUUUUAUCCAAUCUAAAGUACAUACAUGCUUUGCAUUUGCAUGGUCAAUUGUGACAACCCAGCUCAUUGUAGAUUGAUAAGUCAUUGUCAUCAAGCUUUUUGGUCCUCUUAUUUAUUUUUUGUGGGUGUAGGUCACAGUGGAGUAAACCAGCUUGGAGGUGUCUUUGUGAAUGGGAGACCUUUACCUGAUUCUACAAGGCAGAAGAUAGUGGAGCUAGCCCACAGCGGAGCUCGACCAUGUGAUAUAUCUAGGAUUUUGCAGGUAUCUAAUGGCUGUGUGAGUAAGAUCUUGGGCCGGUAUUACGAGACAGGUUCUAUUCGUCCUCGAGCAAUUGGAGGAAGUAAACCCAGGGUGGCCACUCCAGAAGUGGUAGGCAAAAUUGCUCUGUACAAGAGAGAGUGCCCAUCUAUCUUUGCCUGGGAGAUCAGAGACAGGCUGUUGGCAGAGGAAGCCUGCACUAACGACAAUAUACCUAGUGUUUCUUCAAUCAAUCGAGUACUUAGGAACUUGGCCAGUGACAAGCAGCAAGUCGUGAAUGAAGGGGUGUUUGAAAAGCUAAAGAUGCUCAAUGGACAAGUUACCUGGGGGGGGCGCAGUGGCUGGUACCCUGGGUCGACACUCACUAUUACAGAAAAUAUGUGUUUACAGGCAGAAGGAGCGGAAAACACCAUCUCUGCUAAUUCCAACAGUGAAGAUUCAGAGGAGACUCAAAUGAGGCUUCAGUUGAAGAGGAAACUACAGAGAAACAGAACAUCUUUCACCCAAGACCAGAUAGAAGCCCUUGAGAAAGAAUUUGAGCGAACUCACUAUCCAGAUGUGUUCGCCCGAGAACGUCUUGCUAAUAAAAUUGACCUACCAGAGGCUCGGAUACAGGUUUGGUUUUCCAACAGAAGAGCAAAAUGGAGAAGAGAAGAAAAGUUGAGAAAUCAACGUCGUCAGGUGUCCAACUCCUCCAACCAUGUUCCCAUCAGCAGCAGUUUUAACACCAGUGUUUACCAAUCUUUACCCAAGCCUGCUACACCAGUGUCCUUCACAUCAGGCUCUGUGUUGGGGAGGUCCGACUCUGUUCUGUCCUGCAGCUACAGCCUACCGUCAAUGCCACACUUCGGUAUGGCUGCCAGCCUGCCUAUGCAAGAAUCUUGUCAUACAUCUUACUCAUGCAUGCUGCCCACCAGCUCAGGUUUACCGGUAAAUGGAAGAAGCUAUGAGACCUACACUCCUCCACACGUGCAACAGCACAUGAACAACCAACAAUUGACCUCCUCUGCUACAUCAACAGGUCUGAUUUCUCCAGGAGUCUCAGUUCCAGUCCAAGUUCCAGGAAAUGAAACCGACAUGUCACAGUAUUGGCCACGUCUGCAGUGAUGUUGUUUUGUCGCAGCACUUGCUGAAGUCUAAGAGCACAACAUUGUCACUUUGAAACUCAAAUGUCAAAAAGGACCUUUCAUUGAGAAUUACCACUCAGGAUCAUAUUGACUUUUGAGGCAAGUGAGACAGAGAGUUUGGGUAUAUUGCCAGAGGGCUUCUCCCGAGUACUCUAAAGCAGUACAAGAUUAGCGACAAUAGAUUACACUGUCAUAUGCAUCAGCUGCCAUUCAAAAUGUGGUGUGGUGCUUGAAUAGAAGACAUUUUAUUGCGAACAUACACUCGUUGCCCUAAAUAUGUGGAUAAACGUUUUAAUAAAGACGUGACCAGGAAAAUUUACUGUAUGCUGUAAAUAUGUUGAAUUGGAGGAAUUAAUAAAAAAAACUAAUGUGUACAGAAUUCUUGAAAUUUCGUGAUGUGCUUGGUCAGAUAUGAGUGAUUUUAUAAUCUGAUUAAACCCUUAACGCUAAAUCUUUGAAGGGGUGGGUUUGGGGUGAGGGGUGUCAGUUGUCUAAUGGUCAUGUCGAAACAUUGUACCAAAUGCACAUAGACUAAAUCACAAGCUUCUUUUCAUCAGAACUUGUGUUCUGGUAUGAAUUUGUCUUUAUCUCCAUGUGCUCAUUAUUUGUCUUCUCCAGUGAUCGUGGAAGAUGUCCUGAAUAAACUCAUUUUGCGUACAAUUAUUGUUUUUGUUUUUUUCAAAAUCUUUCUAACUUCAUCGUACUUAUGUAGUAUCUUGAGUAACUUUCGACAGGCACAGCUGUGUCUUUAAACACACGUCUGUGACUGGCAGCUGACAAAGCAGCUAAGAGCCAUAAUGAAACCAUUGGUGCAAUCACAAACCUUGGCAGUUGGGCUGAGAAGAGAGUUGAUGAGGGAACUGUUGAUCAUAUAACUCAGCUCUUGAUAUCCUGUGUGGAAUUGUGGAUAUGGGAUAAAAUUCUAGAAGAUGACUUUUAUAGUGAGGGAUGGCUGACUCAUGCCAGAGGCCCAAGACCCCUUUUUAGCCACAGUAAUGGUUUGGUUUGGUUUGUUUAUUGAACAUAAAACAUAUACAGGAAUAAUUUGACAAAAAUAAGGUAAAUAAAACAGUGAAAAAGGAAAGAGAAAUCAGUCAUCAUUCAACACAGUUAUGUUCAAGGGAGUAGGAAGAAGUAAAGAACUUAUCUAGUCCUACCCUGUGUUAUGUGUUUAUAUCUAAUAAAUCUGUUUUAUAUCAAUCAGAAAAGAAAGAAAGUAAGAAGAAAGAAGUAUCCAUUAAGGCUCAUCCUUUACCCUUCACUGUGUUAUUUUUACAACUUUUGAUUUGUAUCGGGAUUUUAUACAUAAACACCCUGGCACUCUUGUUUCAAUUUUCUCUUGUAUUCAUAAUGGAUAUUUCAAUACCUUUCUCUAUUUAUCAACUUUGUUCUGAUUUAUCAUUAUAUUUAAUGUUUAGAAUUUAUCAUUUUA